UGAAUACGUGUGUCAAACGUAAACACAAAUCAUUGUUUUUCGCCACUGUUUGUGACACGAGUUUCGCGGCAUUUGUAUCGACACCAGAGUUACGGUUAGACACGUGUGUAGUGUAAGCCAUGUCUGAGCGCAAGGUUUUGAACAAAUACUAUCCGCCGGACUUCGACCCCUCGAAGAUCCCGCGCCUCCGGCUGCCGAAGACCCGUCAGUAUACGGUGCGACUGAUGGCGCCGUGCAAUAUGCGGUGCAAUACGUGCGGCGAUUACAUCGCGAAGGGCAAGAAGUUCAACGCACGGAAGGAGACCGUCGAGGAGGAGACAUACCUCGGCUUAAAGGUGUUCCGCUUCUACUUCAAGUGCCCGCGUUGUAUGGCUGAGAUCACCUUCAAGACGGACCCCAGGAAUAUGGAUUACGAGGUACGGCCGGGUGUGGACAGUAGGCUGUUGUUGGUGGUGGUGGUGAUGUCUGGCUGUGGAUUCGGUGAUUGGUUGUGUGUUUGGGGUGUAGAACACGGGGCGACACCUAAUUUCAAGGCCUUAAAACUGGCGGAACAGCAGGCCGUCCAGGAGGAGAAGGACAGGGAGGAGGAUGAGCGCCUAAAUCCCAUGAAACUGCUGGAGAACCGGACGAAACAGUCGCGCCGGGAGUUGGAGGCGAUCGAGGCGUUGGAGGACUUGAAGGAACUGAACCAACGAAACAGGGAUUUGGUGCACGAGAGUGACGUACAGGCGGUGCUGGAGGGGGCGGCCGCUGUGGGCGUGCCCGUGCCCCAGGAGUUGGUCGAGUUGGUCAUGGAUAAGGAGUUCGAGGCGGAGGAGAGGGCGCUGUUGGCGAGGAUUAGAGGGGACGAGGGGUCCGGCGAUGACAGCAGCGAUGACGAGGCGUUGCCUAAGUUUGGCGUCACUUUCGAUACGAUCGAUAAGGAGUUCAGUAGUAAUCAUAAUAAGAGUAAUAAUGGUUUGAGUAGUGAUUCGGUGGCCAAGGAGUCGAUGGAAAACGGGUCCAAAGAGUCGCUGAAACGAAAGAUCGAUAAAUUGGUUGUCGUCAAGAAAAAAGUGGUCAAAACUGAUGAUAAUUGCGGCCCAAAGUCGACCGGAAGUACAGUGAAUGCGACAAAAAGUACGAGUAAUGCAAAUAAUUUACUCAAUUUAUGCGCUUAUGGCUCGUCGUCUGAUAGUGAAUGAGAAGU